AGGGCCCGGCCCCGCCCACCUCUCUGUAUAGGGGCUAGUUCCCCAGUGGGCAGCUCCGGAGCAACGCGCCAUGGCCGGGCUGUUGGCCCUGCUUGGCCCGGCUGGAAGAGUGGGCGCCCGACUGCGGCCCCCGGCCCCUUGGCUCCUGGGAGCCACCACCUCCAGUGCUCCACCUCUCUGGGCCUUGGCCUUGUCCCGCCCGGGGCCGGACGCCCGGCUGCUGCGCACGACCCGGGAGUACUGCCUCAGCCGCCAGGGGCCCAACAGGAUCACUGAGCCAGGAAGCAAUGCCAACAGCACAGAGAAAAAGCUAAGCAAAUCGCAACAGCUGAAGAAAGUUUUCCAAGAAUACGGGGCCGUGGGCGUGUCGCUGCACAUUGGGAUCUCUCUGGUCUCCUUGGGGAUAUUUUACACAGUUGUUUCCAGUGGCAUAGACAUGUCUGCAAUCCUGCUUAAGCUUGGCUUUAAAGAGUCACUGGUGCAAUCCAAGAUGGCAGCAGGCACCAGCACGUUCGUGGUGGCCUAUGCAAUCCACAAGCUCUUCGCGCCUGUGAGGAUCAGCAUCACCUUGGUGUCUGUGCCCUUCAUCGUCAGAUACUUCCGCAGAGUGGGACUCUUUAAACCUCCAGCCACCAAGCCUUGAAGCCAGGGUAUGGGUAUUUUGCCUGCAUGUCUGUCUGUGCACACGCAUGCUCUGUGUCCAAAGAGACCAGAAAAGAGAGUCAGAC